AUGACAAUUUCAAAUAUGAAAUAUAACAAGGUUUUAUAAUAAAUAUUAAGGCUAUUCUAGAAAUAUAAGAGUAAUCUUUACUAAUAAUCAAGGGUUGAAAUAAAUUCCUUUAUGGAUAACUUUAACUCAAAAUUCAUGAAUGACUAAAAGGAAAAGAUUUCCAGAAAUAUAAAACUACUAAAAUUUUAAGAAAUGGAAAAGCAAUAUGAAUAAUUAAUCUAAACCUUAAAGCUGAUGGGUGAAUUUAAUGAAAUUUUCCUAUUAAAGGAUUGGAAUUUUCAAUCAAAAAUUGAGAAUUUGAAAGAGGUAAUUCGAAAGCUUAUUUUAAGUCUUCAUGAUUAGCAAGAGUUAAAGUAUCUUUUAAAUUUGAUUUAAAGACUAAAUGAAGCUUAAAAACUCUAUCCAGAUUUUUCAGAGACAUUUUAACAAGAGAUAACAUAUUCCUUAUAAAAAGUUAAUUCAGAUUUUGAGUAAUAUGAAAAGAGUAUUAAAAAUAAAAUAAAAAAUAAGGAUAUUUUGACUGAUUUAGAAUACUUGAAAGAUUUUGCUUAGAAAGCAGAAGAUAUUGAAUCAAAAAUCUAACAAAAGUUAUUUAGAAAUUUAAAAAUUAUUGAUUAAUAGAGAAUAUGA